UCUCUCGGUGAAGUCCAGGUUACCGACUCCCUUUGGAAAAAAAGGAAGCUCGGAUAACAUGUAAAGCGAUCGCGCUUUUUUCCCUUCCUAAAUUCACGAUGAAUGCAUAAUAUUGGACGUCGCCUACAGUUUUAUUGUGAGUGUGACACAACAGCAAACUACUUUUGGUUGACGCAAGGAUACCAUUUCUAAUUUGACAGCCUGGAAUAUUUUAACUCCUUCAGUCUUAUCGGUAACUACAGUAUACAUCAAAGUCCUCAUGGAAGCUUCGUUGAAGAGUCCUUGGUGCUCAGACACACCCCUGCUUGAACUGUGACCAGUAGCAGCCCAGAGAGGACUGCCCCCUCCCACCUCUCCCAGGGCCAUGGUCUAGCCAACCAGCAGUCAGGAUGAUGGCCUCCAUGGUUGCCAGCGGAAACGAUGAUGCGACGGCGUCCCUGAUUCUGAAGGGGGUGGAUCCUGAGACAUGCAUGAUUGUGUUUAAGAACCACUGGGCUCAGGUGGCGAAGAUCCUGGAGAAGCAUGACCCCCUGCGGAGCGGCGGGGGUAUGGGCGGGCUGCUGGGUGUUGGGGGGGCCCUGGGGACGGGGCCAGCUGGGCGUUUCGGGCCCAUCCCGGGGGACGAGGCCAGCGCGGUGCAGAACUACGUGGAGCACAUGCUCUUCCUCCUCAUGGAGGAGGACUGCGGCCAGGAGGGCGCCAUGGGCCCCAUCCUGGAGUUCGUGGUGACGGAGAACGUGAUGGAGCAGCUCUUCCUCUGGAGCCUGAGGCGCGAGUUCACCGACGACAUGAAGGUGGAGCAGCUGAAGAUGUACGAGAUGCUGGUGGGCCAGUCCCGCCAGCCCCUCCUGCACCACAAGCCCGUCCUGCGGCCCCUCAUGAUGCUGCUGGGGUCCUGCGCCGGGGCCGGGGCCCCCGCCGUGGAGACGGAGCUGGUGCUCCUGCUCAACCUGCUCUGCUCCAUCCUGGCCAAGGACCCGUCCAUCCUGGAGCUGUUCUUCCACACCAGCGAGGACCAGGGGGCCGCCAACUUCCUCAUCUUCUCCCUGCUCAUCCCCUUCAUCCACCGCGAGGGCCAGGUGGGCCAGCAGGCCCGUGACGCCCUGCUCCUCAUCAUGUCCCUCUCGGCAGAGAACCACACCGUGGCUGAACACAUCGCCCAGAACACCUACUUCUGCCCGGUUCUGGCGACAGGGCUGAGCGGGCUGUACUCUUCCCUGCCCACCCGGCUGGAGGUGCAGAGCCAGGACUGGCACUGCCUGCAGAGGGAGGACUGGCAGCAGGUGCCCACCCUCGUCCAGUUCCUCAACUCCCUGGAGUUCUGCAACGCUGUCAUCCAGGUAGCUCAUCCCACCAUCAGAGACCAGCUGGUGGGAUACAUCUACAAUGGCUUCCUGGUACCCGUCCUUGCCCCUGCCCUGCACAAACUGACCGUGGAGGAGGUGAUGACCACCACGGCAUACCUGGACCUGUUCCUGCGGAGCGUGACGGAGCCCGCCCUGCUGCAGACCUUCCUCAGCUUCGUCCUGAUGCACCAGUACGAGAAGGUGCACGUCCUGGACACACUGGUCAGCCGCAUCAACACGCCCUUCCAGCUGGGCACGGUCUCCCUGGCACUGUUCCGCACUCUGAUCGGUUUACACUGUGAAGACGUCAUGCUGCAGCUAAUCCUCAGGUACCUGAUUCCCUGUAAUUACAUGAUGCUGAGCCAGCGCUGGGUGGUGCGUGAGAGGGACUGCUACUCCGUGUCCGCCGCAAAGUUCCUGUCUCUCACCCCCUCCUGCUGUUCCCUGGAGCCCCGGCCGCCGCCCCUCAGACAGCAGCUGGACUACAUCCUCUGGUCAAAGGGCACGGACAGGCCACACCCAGGAAAUGAGGAAAUGGAUGGGUCUCUGUCGGAGGGGGGUGGAGCCGAGCACUCCCGUGUCAUGGGGUCGGAGGUGGUGAUGGACAUCAGCUACGUGCAGUACCUGCGCGACGCCCACUGCAGGAUAACCCACAGCAUCCGGGCGUGCCGGGUGUGGUCAGCCCCCUACGACGGCGAGACCCCUCCGCCGGAGCAGUACCAUCCCAGCAUUCCCCUGGAGGAGCCCGGGAAGUCCCGGCCCAGUCGCCCGCAGCCCAAGGCCCCGCAACCGCCUCAGCAACCUGUGGACCUGGGGCCCGCAGGGGAACGGCCCAAUCAGCUGGAGCUCGAGUGGGACAACAGCUAUGACACCGCCCUGUCGCCCGACAAACCUGACGGAGGUGACGUAGCUGAUAUUCUUCCCCCUGUCCCGGCCGAGCCCCCUCCGCACAUCCAGGAGAUGAGGAGGAACGCCAUCUUGCUCAUCAAGGGCUCCUACGUCGAGGAGUCUGACUUCCAGGAUGAUGUCAUGGUGUACAACCUCGUAGCCCGGAAGGAUGCAAAGGGUGUGGCGGGGAGGACGGAGGGGGAGGUGACAUCACCAGGUCCAGACACGGCCCCCAGCGUGCAGGAGGGGCCUCAGGAAGGGCCACAGCAGGGGCCUGAGGAGGGGCCUCAGGAGGAGGCGCAGUCACCUAUCAGCAACGGCCUGAGUCCCACCCUGCAGCCAAUCGCAGUGGAGGGCAGCAGCAACGGGGUCGAGCCGGGACAGGGCGCGGGCGACCUGGUGGCCCAAUACGAGGAGCUGAUCCGCACCCUGGGGGCAGAGGCGGGGAGCCCCGUGAAAGCUGUCCCGGAGUUCCGGAGCCCCGUCACGCCUGUGGAUGAGGAAGAGGUGGACUUCACCUCCUUCACAGCUGAAACUCCGGAACCGGAGAAGAACCCCUCGCCGAUUGGGCCGAAAAGCCCUGGGGGGACCAGGAUUCAUGAGGUUCCCUUCACAGGGCCCUUCAUUAGUGUGCUGCUGUCUCGACUGGAGAACAUGCUGGAGAACUCGCUCCAUAUAAACCUUCUUCUGACCGACAUCCUGGCCCAAAUGGCUUCCUAUCCCCAGCCACUGCUACGCUCCUUCCUGCUCAACACCAACAUGGUCUUCCAGCCCAGCGUGCGUUCCCUCUAUCAGGUACUGGCGUCAGUGAAGAAUCAGAUUGAGCGGCAGGUCUCGGCCAGGAAGGACUUCCCAGAGCUGCUCUCGGAGGCACAGUACUGCCUGCUGUCCAGAGAGACGAUCCAGAUGGCCCGCGAUCCGCUUCAGGAUGCCUGUGAGCGGGAGAAUGGGGACUGGCCUUUAAACGCAGAGGUGGUCAGAAAUCAACUCAUUCCCGAGAGGCCCCCCAAAAACCCAGCAGCCAAUCCCAAGCUGGCACCCCAGAACAGGAACAUGGUCCUGGCCACAGUCCUCUUCUCAGAGUUCCUCAAAGAACUGGCGGCCAUUUCACAGGAACACUCCAUCUUAUCACACAUAGCAAUGGAGGAGUAGCCGUCUGACUGUCUUCAAGAACACCUCUCCAUCUUAUUGCACACAGCAAUAGAGUAUCCCUCGUGGCCUGCAAUAUUGUAAACAUUUGAGACUCUUACUAAAGUAGACAUUUUCUCCUCUUUUUGGUACGACCUGAUGAAUAAGAUACCUCUCUUUAUAUGUAUACCCUUUUUCCAGAGAUUUUGCAUAGGGUUGUUCACGAAGUAUGUUUUCAUAAUUGCUGUAACCAUUCCUUCUUUGCACAGCAGGUUUUGAUAUGACAGAACAUGUCACACUCAAGCACAACUCCUCCUACAUUUCGCAGUCAGCCAUAAUGGCUUGGGCUGCUGCAUCAGGAUUGUUCAGAAACACAGAUGAGGACUUGAUUCGCCACUUCGGAGAGCGUGACCUAGUUGUCGGCCAUCUCGGGAAAUCCUGUACCAGUUAAUAGUGCUCCAGAUCAGGAUAUGAUAUGGAGCCAGAGGCUCACUGACCAAAGACUGGAGGAGAAACGGUAGCACAGGAAGUCAACCGAAGUGGUACAUAAUGCCUUCAUCAGACCGUAUGAAGAAGCACAUCAAUGGACCUUUUCACACUCAUUCACAAAGCCCAGCAGAACUCGGCUUCUAGUGAUGGGCGCCAUAUGUUUUCCCACUGACCCAAAUUCUGUGGCCUUAUACUGGAUGACUGGCUGUGCAGAAAGAAUCCAGUAUGCAAUAUACAUACACCAUGUAAGCGCCAGCCUGCUAGCCUCUGACGAGCGGUAAAUUCUGGAUAUCGGACACACGUAUCCAUCUCCCAUGAGGUUAUCAACACUGGUUACGUCCAAGGGACGUCUUGCAAGUUGACAGCGUGCCAUCUAUCAAAGAAGUUAUAUUUGAGAAAGGUUAGACUGAGCUGUAUGCCCUAGUGUGUCUAAUUAAAGCUUGGUCUACAGUAGUUUCCAGCUGAGUCCAAAUGAGGCGAUGACAGGAUCCGUUCAUGAGUGGAAAGCACAAGAAAAUGAAUGUACUCAACUCUUGAGGGGUCACUGGAACCCAUAUUACCAUGUCUGCACAUUGUAGUUCCACAACGAGGGGCAGAGAGUGGACAUCAGAGUUCUCACAGUCCUCAAAAAAUAUUUGAAUGGCAAAAAAGUGUAGGAAAAACUAUGAGAGAUUGGCCAGAACAAACAAACAAACAAAAAAUCCCUCAGCUCAUUUUUGAUUUUCACUUUUAAAAGCUAGUGAUCUGCAUUCAUCUUUCUUGCUCAUUGUACAUUAAGCCCAAUCCCAGAAUUCAUUGGUGUCUAGCAGUUUCCUCCAAAAGAUGCAUGUUUCACACAAACUAUUUGCAAGGCAUUUCCUCCUCUUAGUUCCAUCUUUAUACUUUUCAUGCUUCGCAGGAAUUUGACUACAAAGGAAAAAGAAAAAAGUAAGGAAAAAAUAUUUCAAUUGUUUACAUUUAUCCCGAAAAUAGAAUUAAAAAUAUCUAAAUAACUUGACUGUUACGAGAACAGAGGGGGCUAUUUUGUUACUGUAAGGGUUAUAAAAACCAUUCACAGCCUCACCAGCUACUGUUUGUGAAAGCACCUGCCAUGGCUGAAACAACCUUCUGUUAGUCUGCUGGAACCCAUAGCAAAAGCUUUGCUGAAACACCUCACAAUCCAGUUUCACCAGUGAAAAAGCUACAAUGUCCCCUGGCGUUUUGUGCGAUCAAACAGACCUGGGGUUGUGAUACUCUGAGCCUUACUUCAGCGACAUUCACUCUAAAUGUACAUUGAAGUUUCAUAGAAACUGGAAAUGCUAUGCAGAUCAUUGUAGUUAUUCAAUAUUUGGGGAAAGGAUUCUAUAUUGCAUUUUUUCAAAUGGGGGAGGGUAUUUAAACUUAAUGUAAUAUUUUGUAGAGAGCAAUUUGAUUGCCAUAUUUUUACAUGUUUUUACUUGAAGUACUGUUACUUCACUUCUUUCCUUUGAUGGGAUGAUGGAGUGCAUGUAUACUGUAUGCAAGCACUGUGCUGGGACGAAGGGGAGGAUCCGUGUUCAGUGAAAUACUGAAGGGGUGUUAUUAGAACGGGAGAGGGAGGGGUCUGGCGACUCCUGCCCUUCAUGUCAACACCGGGUGUUUAUGUAAAGCACAUGCUCAAGUGAAGCGAACGGUUUGCCUUACCUUUAACAUUUAAAAAAUAUCUUUAAUAAUAAAUAAAUCAUGUUCCAAUGUCUUACGAGAUAGUUUUGCUACACGACAUGUUGCUAUCUGUUCUGUUGAAGUGGCGCUGCUACCUAAAAUGCGACUGAUUAAAAACAUUGACUCAC